AUGGCAGAAACAAAACCAAAACCAUGGAUUCUCAAUGCCUUUGCCAUGUUCUCACCUGGUCACUUAGCUCCUGGGCUAUGGAAACAUCCCCGCGAUCAAGCCGGCGACUUUGCGAAUCUUGAUUACUGGAUCAACCUCGCAAAAAUCCUAGAAGAAGGAAAAUUCCACGGCUUGUUUCUCGCUGAUCAUCUCGGAAUCUACGAUGUAUACAAGGGUCCUGCAAAUCGUGAACCGGCUCUUCUCUCGGGUGCUCAAUUCCCAAUUGGGGAUCCAUUCCUUCUGAUAUCUGCCAUGGCAUCCGUCACGAAGUCACUGGGUUUCGGCGUCACGGCAUCCACUACCUACGAACUAUCGCCCUAUGCUCUAGCUCGCAAAUUCUCCACACUGGAUCACCUCACACGGGGCCGAAUUGGCUGGAAUAUUGUGACCUCUUUCCUUGACAGUGCAGCAAAAGCAUACGGACUUGAUGAACAGAUUCCGCAUGAUGAACGCUAUGCCCGUGCCGAUGAGUAUUUGGAGCUUACUUACAAGUUGUGGGAAGGAACGUGGCAGGAUGGAGCUGUAAAGAAGGACCCUGAGACAAAGGUUUACAGUAAUCCUUCGCAAGUUCGGGGAAUCGAACAUAAUGGGAAAUACUUCAAGAGCACCGCCGCGAACCAGCUUCCUCCGUCCAAGCAACGAACACCCCUUCUCUUUCAGGCCGGUGCAUCAUCAGCCGGAAAGAAAUUCGCCGCCAACCAUUCCGAAGUAAUGUUUCUUCCUGGUCUCGAACCCGAAAAGACAAGAAUAAUCGUCGACGACAUGAGAAAACAACUAAUCGAAGUCGGCCGUAAACCCGACAGCAUCAAAUUCGUCGCCGGCAUGCUUGUCGUCGUCGACGAAACAGACGAAAAAGCCCAAGCCAAAUAUGAAGAAUACCUCUCUUACGCCGAUUUUGAAGGAACCGCCACCUUAUUUGGCGGCUGGACGGGGGCUGAUUUAUCCAAAUUCGAGGACGACGAGGACUUUGCCUUUACAUCCGUGGCGGGUAUUCAAUCCUUGAUUCAGAGUUGGUCCAAAACGAUCCCCAACUCGAAUGGAUUGAAAUGGACGAAACGCCGUAUAUUGCAAGAAUUGAGUCUAGGAGGUGUGCAUCCGCGUGCUGUUGGGUCACCGAGUACGGUGGCAGAUAUCUUGCAGCGAUGGGUUGAUGUUGCCGACGUGGACGGGUUCAAUUUUUCAUAUACCGUCUCCCCGGGAACGUUCGAGGAUAUGAUUAAGUAUCUUUGGCCGGAGUUGAGGAAAAGAGGUGUUAUCUGGGAUGAUUAUGAGGUGCCGGGCGGUGCGACAAGGGAGAAUUAUUUCAUGGAUGGGAAAGGGCCGAGGGUUCGUGAGGAUCAUCCUGCGAAGAAGUUUGUGUGGAAGUAG